AUGACUGUUAAAGUUGGAAUUAACGGAUUUGGUCGUAUUGGCCGACUUGUGCUUCGUGCUAGUAUCGAGAAGGAGGGUGUUCAGGUCGUUUCUGUAAAUGACCCAUUUAUCGAUUUAGAGUACAUGGUGUAUAUGUUCAAGUACGAUUCUACUCACGGUAUCUUCAAUGGAACUGUCGAGGCCAAGGAUGGACACCUUGUAGUCAAUGGCCAUAAGAUCAGUGUCCACACUGAGAUGGACCCCACAAAGAUUCCUUGGGGAAAGAACGGUGCUGACUAUGUCAUCGAAUCCACUGGUGUAUUUACAAAGACAGAGAAGGCCAAUGCUCAUUUAGCCGGUGGGGCCAAGAAGGUUAUCAUCACUGCUCCUUCUCCUGAUGCUCCCAUGUUUGUAUGCGGUGUUAACCUAGACGCUUACAAGUCGGAAUACAAGAUUAUUUCCAACGCCUCUUGCACCACUAACUGCUUGGCUCCUCUUGCCAAGGUAAUCAAUGACAAGUUUGGUAUCGUCGAGGGUUUGAUGACUACCGUUCACGCCACCACAGCAACCCAGAAGACAGUUGACGGUCCAUCCCACAAGGAUUGGCGUGCAGGUCGUGGUGCUGGUGCCAACAUUAUUCCCGCUUCAACUGGUGCUGCCAAGGCUGUCGGAAAGGUCAUUCCUGCCUUGAACGGAAAGCUUACUGGUAUGGCCUUCCGUGUACCAACUCCUGAUGUUUCUGUCGUUGAUUUGACAGUCCGCCUCGAGAAGGCUGCCUCUUAUGAUGAGAUCAAGAAGGCUAUCAAGGAUGCUUCGGAAGGUGAACUCAAGGGUAUUCUUGGUUACACUGAGGAUGCCGUCGUUUCUACCGAUUUCUUGGGUGAUAAGCGUUCGUCCAUUUUUGAUGCCAAGGCUGGUAUUUCUCUCAGCUCAAACUUUGUCAAGUUGGUAUCUUGGUACGAUAACGAGGUUGGCUACUCCAACCGUGUUAUCGAUUUGCUUCUUCACGUCGCAAAGGUUGAUGGCAACGCCUAA